CUAGCAUUUCACCGGCUAAAGCUAAGUGUUAGCCGCUUUAUUUACGUUUAUCACUGAGUCGUACCAAGUCACGUUCUUCACCAGACAACGGUACAAACUUGGUUGUAGUUUUCGCAGUAGUCAACUAUUAGCCCCAACGGAUGCAGCUUCGCUCAGUCUGCAACAGUAUUCCAUCAUGAAGAGAUUGUUUUUUGUACUUUUGCUAGGUGUGCAUUUAAAGUUCACUUAUGGAGAUGCGCCCAUGCGGGGCGAACUUAUCCAAAUACAACAGAGCAUACCGCUGGAUCGACUGAGGAUAUUGCUUGCGGAAUACAUAGUUCAAGAUCCUCAGUUCCGUCGAUCUAUCCAGUACAUGCGAAGUGCGGAGUUUGCCGAAGUGUGGAACAGAUUUGUAAACAAUGUUAAAGUGCGAGCAUGGCUACAGUACAUUGACGACGCUGGACUACCGGUGAACAAAGUGUUAGGAAUAUUUACGGAUUUCACUGGAACAAACCGAGUUAAGCGAUUUAUCCCAAAACGACAGGGUGGCUUGAGUGCGUUUGUCGAUGAUGCGCUGAAAAUUGUUUCCUCGAGUGAUAUGAUGGGGAUGCACGAGGAGAAGAAAAGCACGAAUCCCCAGUACAAAGAGUUGAUAGAUAAGCUGACGGCACCCGAGUUCGGGCAAAUGAUGAAAGAAAUUACUGAGGAUCCUGAAGUGAUAGAAAUACAGGAGCAGGUGGGAAAGCAUGGAAUCGACCUCAAGAAGCUCAUUGAUCUAUUCAAAACAUUUUUCGGAUGGAAUCAAUUGUUUUAAGUAAAAUAUAUAAAGCUUGUGUUGAAAA